UUAACACCUUUUUGCUCGUACAUAGCUGCAGCAUUUAGGUUGAUUGGUAAGAGGUGUCAUAUUUGACCUAAAACGCUCUAAUUUGUUUGCUCUUUUGACUUCUUGUACAUUCAAAUUGUACGUAGAAGCGCCUGAGCGUCCCAGCAGCUUCCCCGCUACUUAUACGGCACAGCAACGCAACCACCUGCAACAACUAAACGUAAUACGUAGCCACUACCAACUCAUUCAAACAUUUCUAAAUGUGGUCACCCAUGGUCAAGGCUAUCAAAACCGAAUACAACAGUAUUCACAUUACGCCUCGAACAAGUCCUCCCAGUGGCAUGGCCUCGAGAUCAAAUAUUCCCCCUCGGAGCGCCUUCGAGGACAAACACGGUCGAAAUCAGUCUCUCAAAAGCCCUUGUCUAGGCAAACACCGCGCCUACAACCUCCGCAUCUCCCACCGCACCUCCCUAAACCAAGACACCAUCACCCUCCACGGAUGGCCCUCGCGAGGGGGCGUCAUCGUGCUAGAAAGCGCGACGCCUCCUGACUUUGACUUCCUGCAUCUCGACCCCCUCGACCCUCCUUUACGACGGGACGCCGACCGAGAUGCCGAAGACGCAUUCUGCCAGGCCUUGCUGCGUCUGGGGGCCACGUGGUGGGACAGCGAGGCCCGGCGCGACUUCGUGGGGAAGCUUGAAUAUUCCGACGACGAAGCACUUGACGCGGUAGAGGCGGACGAGGGGCUGGAGCCGACGCGGUUGGAGCGCGGAUGGGUGCGGGUUGCGUGGCCCUCGCACACGCCUGGAGCACUAUGCGUGCUUGCGUGUGAGAAGGUGAUUCUGGGGCGGAAGGGGGACGAGAAGCUGAGGCCGGAGCACUAUGGUCUCGUGUCGCUGGCGCGUACUAUGGAUGAACGAUGCACCGUGUUGCAGCGCCUCGGGGGGACUAUGUAUGACAGCAUAGAGGACUACCAGGGUCCGACUUUCCUAAAGGCGUGGGAGGAGAACCACCAAGGGGAAAGGGGUCCGUUGGUGAAGCAGGAGUUUAUCGAUCCGAGCAGCUAUGGCGGUCAUCCAGAUGAUGCUCUAGGUAAGUUUCAUUAGUAUACCAAAGUCAUGUACUUGUCGCGGCGAGCAAUGGGCAGUGAGGGACGAGAGAAGGAUGAUCCAACAAGAUCAGAAAGCUGAAGAAAAGACUCAGACAGGAGACUAGAAUGGUCCCAAUUGGCCAUUGUGUGUUAUCUAAAUACAAGCCGUGUAGCGCCUGUUGGAGGGUAUGGUGUGGUGUUGUGCGUCUUAA